AAAUCGGAGAAGGGAACAAGAAGGAUCAAACAAUCAGAAAGAAAUAGAACACGAGCAAAGAUCGAACACGUUCACUUUCACCUGCACUAAAUAUUCCAAUGCCACAGCUAUUUUCAUAAUCGACUUCCCGACAUCUAGCCAGGUUUCAAUAAGGGGAAACUAUUUCGAAUCCUCUUAG